AUGAAUAAUAAUAAUAGUAAUAGUAAUCAGAAAAUUAAAAGAUUUUUCGGUGUGAAAAAAAAAAUAAAAUCAGAUACAAUAAAAAAUAAAGGGAUUAUAUUCGAAACUUAUACGGUCGCACCGGCACCAAGUAGGGAUUAUUAUGCUUUGCAAUUACAUCAAAAAGAAUUUCAUUGGACGAAAUGGAAAAUAUGUCACGGACCCCCACUUGUGGCACCAACUCAAAAAACCAUCACUCUUGACGAAUUUAAAAGAAAUUCAACUCUUCAACGUGAAUUAACUUAUAUUUUCGGUACGGAUAUAACGAGUCUUAUGAGUGACGUUGCUGACGAAAAAUGGUCUCUUAUAUCAAUGCCUUCAAACGUUCUACAAAAAAUAUUAUCAUAUAUGAGCGUUCCUGAUAUAUUAAGUUUAUCACAAGUUUCUAAAAGACUUUCUAAGGAAUGUUCUUCAAAUGAAUUAUGGAAAGAUAUAUGUAAAAGACAAUGGAAAAUACUUUUACAUAACGACAUUGAAAAAGCAGGUCUGUUAGGAUGGAAAACAGUUUUCUUAGAGAAAAUGAGACCCAAACGUACGAAAGAACAUGGUCAAAUGAUGCGUAAACCAAAUUUUUCAAAUCGUGCAAGAAUAAAUUCAUUAUCCACGUUAAACACGCCCGAUUCGAAAGGAUCCAUUUCAAAAUCAUCAUAUUACGCAGGGUCCAACAAAAGAAUGCAAGAUAUAAAAAAUGGCGGAUCUGAUUUGUUGGCGAGAGAUUAUAAAUCCAUGUCCAUGAGCACGGGAAAAUCAGGGAAAUCCACCGAGAGAACUCACAGUGUUAAUAAAGCACCUAAUAAUUCUAGAAAUAAUGAAAAAAGGCCGGCAAGUGGUGAAAAAUUAAAUUCGAAUGUUCAAAAAUAUCAACAGAAUUCUUAUCUUAAUGUUAAUACCUUACAUCAAGUUGAUUCCAAGUCGAUGGCAAAAGAUUCACUUCCACCGAAACAAUCCAUUCGUGCUAUAACAAAGUCGAAAGUGACUUCGAUUCGUACCCGUCCAUCAUCUUUUCAAAAUUUUCAAUCAUCAUCAUCAUCAUCUACUAAUCAAACACCACCGAAAUCAAGAAGUGAACGUUUGAGACCGAGUACCGUAUCAAUCCAUUAUUUAUUUGAUAUGACAGAAAUUUGGCGUGCUUUUCAAAGUUAUUCCUAA